AUGGGGCAAGACGGCGCCACGCGCGCGAUGCCGAGUCUCAUGUCGCACUUGCCUGAUGCAACGACAGAAGCGCUUUCGACGUUUGAGGAGCUUCCUGACUGCACGUACGAGACGUCGCGACUGGGUCGCACACGUGGACAGGAUGAUCCGGCGUGUGAGUGUACGAUGGAGCAUGGCCCCGCGUAUGCGUGUACGGACGAGUCAGGCUGCAUCAAUCGGCUCACGCAAGUCGAGUGUCUGCGCGAUGUGUGCCGAUGUGGUGAGCACUGUGCGAACCAGCGCUUCCAGCGGCAUGCGUACGCACACGUCGACAUUAUCAAGACGCCUGAAAAGGGCUUUGGCAUACGCGCGUGUUCGGACAUCGAGCGUGAUGAGUUUGUGUUUGAGUACAUUGGCGAGAUCAUCACGCACGAUACGUUUAUGCGGCGCAUGGCGCAGUACAAAGAGGAGCACCUCGUGCACUUUUACUUUAUGAUGCUGCAGCGAGACGAGUACAUUGAUGCGACCAAGCGCGGUGGACGUGCCCGUUUCAUCAACCACAGCUGCAAUCCGAAUUGCUACGUGAGCAAGUGGCACGUUGGACGCCAUGUCCGUAUGGGCAUUUUCGCGAAGCGGGCGAUUCGCGCGGGCGAGGAACUUUCCUUCAACUACAAUGCCGAUCGGUACGGCAACGAUCCGCAGCCGUGCUACUGUGGCGAACCGAACUGCGUCGGCACGAUUGGUGGACGGACACAGACGGACGUCGUGACGAUGGACGACCGAUUCAUUCUUGCUCUCGAUAUUGCCGAUCAGAUGGCCGAGCUGCGUGCAUCAUUGCCCCGUGGGCGGCAUCAGCAGCAGCAGCGGGCCAAGAUCCUGAAUGAAGACUUUCAUCCCAUACUGCAUGCGAUUGCUGAGCCAGAAUGUGCGCGUGUGAUGACAGCCGUGCGAGAUGCCACCACCAAUCGCCGGAUGAUUGAGCUGCUGCUCACACGCAUCGCCAUGACGGACGACAUGCACGUCCAAAAGAUGCUCGUCAAGAUGCAUGGCUUUGUGAUCAUGGCCCAAGUUCUCGAGGCCUGGUCUGAUGAUGCACCGUUGAUGCAUCUCGCGCUUGAAUGCCUCACAAAGUGGCCGCUGCGGGCUCGUGACAAGCUCGUGGAUUCGGGGGUUGAUGAGCUUGUGCACCAAAUGCAGGACGAUCCACUGGCGCAGCAGCUGCACGAGUCUUGGUCGUCGCUCCCUUCGACGUUCCGCAUUGCGCGCCGUGAGGGCCGGGAGCAGGCAGAGGAGGUGGAUUGGGCGGCGCGGCGCAGAGCGCAGGCGACGCAAGUUUCAACACAAGAGGAGACGAAUGCGGGCACCGAGGAGCUGCGCCGGUCGUUACUGGCGUACCGCGAGCACGACGACUCGGAAGCCGUGCGCGCACCGCGUCCCAAAAUCAAGAAGGAAGAGCCGCGAGAGGCGCGGCCCUCGAUCUCGCUCGACGAGAUCAUUCGUCGUGCGAACGAGCAAAACGAAGCGGCUCAGAAAGAGCAAGAGGCCAAGAAAGAGCAGGAAGCCCGAGAAGAGCAGGCGACAUCGCCGCCCAAGAAGCGAUCCCGCCUCGAGCCCGAUAUACCCACUCUCGAGCGGCACCUGCACAAGCUGGUGGGCACGCUCGUGGUCAAGCAAAUGUCCAAGGUCAAGUCGCAGUUGGACCGUGAGCACUUUAAGCGCCAUGCGAAAGAACUCACGCAGGUCCUUUGUGACAAGGAAAAGCGCAAUCCAAAAGCGUGGCCGCCGCGACUCGCGGAUGGUCAGGUGGGACUGGUGGAGCUGCCAGAAGACAAGCGCAAGAAAAUGAAGGUGUUUGCGCACGACUAUAUCAAAAAGAUUGUGCGGCAUACACAAAGCAAGGCACGGCACCAGGAUACCAGUAUAGAUGCAGACACGACCGCCGAUGCCUCGAUAGAUGUCUCGGACGUGAUAGACUAG